AUGUCGUUAGAUUACGUUUCCCGUGCUGAAUAUGAUUAUCUAUUAAAACUUUUGAUUGUUGGCGACAGUGGAGUUGGGAAAACAUCGAUCCUACAACGCUUUGCAACCGAUUAUUUCAAGAAUGACUAUGUUGCAACAGUAGGUGUUGAUUUUCACAUUCGAACAAUUGACGUCGACGGUCAUCGAUGUAAACUACAGGUAUGGGAUACAGCUGGUCAGGAUCGUUUUCGUUGCGUCGUAUCGACUUUCUAUCGUGGAGCACAUGGCGCAAUGAUCUGCUUUGAUAUUACCGAUAAAGAUAGCUUUCAAAAUGUUCAGACUUGGCUUGACACAGUCUACACAUCUUGUCCUGAAGAUACGCCCGUUUUUCUCGUUGGAACGAAAUCUGAUUUACAGUAUAAACGUGUCAUUCCGUAUUCGACAGCCAAGGCAUAUGCGGAUAAAAACCAAUUAGUCUAUUUGGAAACAAGUGCGAAAACCAAUGAAAACAUUCUAAUCUGUUUCGAAGACUUUACCCGAUCGAUAGUAGCACACAUGAAUCAAAUGAAACUCAAUAGUAAGGAAAAGGCGAAACCGGGAGUUAAGAUCGAUCUGAAUAGUGAAACAAAACCAAUCACAACCAGUGAAGGUUGUUUUGGAGCAUCCACAUGUACAAUCUAA